AGGGUGUAACUAUAAAUUCUGUUUGUUGGGUGAUUAGAGCUUGCUUCUUUGCUAAGGAAGAAAUGGAGCGGUCGGAAAUUAUUAAGCGAUGCGUGUCUUUUUAUGAAGAGAUGAGAUCCAACCAUGAAGAAAGAAUGUUGUUCUUUGUGCUUACGCUGUUUGUUUACUUUAGGGAUAGAACUACUGGGCAACUAUCGUUAGGCGGAAGAAUGAAUAGUAGAAUUAGACGUGAGGCGUUAGAGCGUAUUGUUGGUGAGGGUGAUAGGAUUUGUAUCUGGGAGUUGAGAAUGAACACAAAUGCCUUUGCUAACUUGUGUGAGUUGCUCCAAGUUCAGGGAGGACUUACAGAGGAUGGUCAUGUAAGCCUGCCGGAGCAGGUUGCGACCUUCUUAAUUAUCUUAGCGCAUCACAAGAAAAACCGUAGUCUACAGGUUAGAUUUUGUAGGUCCGGCGAGACAGUGAGUAAGUAUUUUAAUAAAGUUUUGAAGUCUGUAAUACGGAUUCAAGGGAUGUUGUUCACAAAGGAUACACCAGUUGCCGAGGACUGUGUGGACCCCACAUGGAGAAGGUUUAAGGGUUGCUUGGGAGCAUUAGAUGGCACUUAUAUAGAGGUGACAGUCCCCGAGUCUGAGAAGGCAAGGUACCGGACAAGAAAGGGUAAAAUCUGCACGAAUGUCUUAGGGGUGUGUAACCGGGAGAUGGGUUUUGUCUACGUACUCAGCGGAUGGGAGGGUUCGGCAUCUGAUUCACGGGUACUUCGUGAUGCAAUAAUUCGUCGUAAUAGUCUUAAGAUACCCCACGGUAAUUACUAUUUAGUUGAUGCUGGCUACACAAAUGGUUCGGGGUUUCUUGCACCAAAGAGUAUGGAGAUGGAUCCGGAGGAGGAAGGUAGCAUAUUGGAUGAAUUCACGCCCGAUGGAGACGAGGAACAAGAUGGAUUGAUCGAUGUGCAAGAAAUGGAGAACAAGCGAGUGUGGCGUGAUGAAGAGACAUUGGCCUUUGUUGGCUUCAUGGAGGAGUUUGUCGUUGACGGUCAGCGGGCUGAUUGUGGACAGUUUAAACCGGAAACAUUCGAGAAACUGGCUUUGAAGAUGUUGGAGGCUUUCCCCGGUUGUACACUGACCGUGAAGCAUUGCAAGAAUAAGCACAAGCGCCUGAAGGAGAAGUACCAGUACGCCGCUGAUAUGCUUGCUUGUAGUGGAUUUGGCUGGAACAACGAGAAACAAUGUGUUGAGGUUGACAGCAAAGACGUCCUUGAUGCUUGGUUGAAGGCACAUCCGACCAAGUUCUACAGUCCUGGCAAGCCAUUUCCUUUAUUUCACCGGCUGGAAGGUAUCUUUGGCAAGGAUAGAGCCACGGGAGUGGCGGCCGUUAGUGGCUUCGAUGCGGAGGAACAGGUUAACGAAGAGACAGAUGACACUGCUGCCGGAUUUGAUCAGUCCGAGAUGUCUCCACCUCCAGACCAAGACGAAGUUGCAGCAAUGCAACGACAAGCAUCACAUUCUGAGGUCGGUGCGAGCGUGGGAAGCACUAGGCAAUGCGGGAGGAAGAGGAAACAGGUUGACAUCUCGUCGCCGCCGCCAUACCUCCCUCCUCCGACGGUCCUCUCUCUCCAUCGCCGCAUUCUUCUUUGUUGUGUUCUUAAAUUUGUGUAUCCUCCACGCUCUUUUAAUUUGUCGUCGCCUUUCUCGGAUCUGCGCCGCCUCUGCAUCGCUGUUGCCACUCGUCCAGAUCUAUCGUCCUUGCCGUCCAUCCCUCACGACACAGAGUCACAGUACCGUCCAACCCUCUCGACACAACAAAUGAUAAUAAAGAUGAUAAAUCUGAUAGUGGUAAUGAUGGUGGUAGAUAGUGGUAGUUGUAGAUACAAUGGUGUUAUUGGUGAGGAUAAAUUUGUGAUUUUGAUAAAUUUGUAUAUACUAGUGUACUGUUAA